GAGAGAGAGAGAGAGCAGGAGGGAAAGGACGGAGGGAGGGAAGAAGUCUAGUAAUUUCACCUGAAGAUUACUUUGUCUCACACUUCUCUCACCCCGAGCGCUGGAAGGAGCAACGAGGAGGGAGCAGAGUUGAUCAGGAGGUGCCAGCUCUUGCUGUCUGGUCUCACCCCAACUCUCUUUUGCAUGGGGGGGUCAGCUGGACUUCUCUUCUAAACCCUAGUUAUCAACCUCCACUGGAAAGACUGAGAAAUAGAAAUCGACUCGUCAAGGAGAGAAGACUACAAAAGUGAGAAAACGGCAGAAUCCCCCCCGCCCCUGGCUGAAGGGAGAAGUUUCGACAGAGCUUUAAAAAGGACGGCAGCAGUAGCCAGAAAGACCCAGAAAACAACCCGUGAAGAAAGAGGAAAGGUCUUUUCAAAAAUACUACUCUGUGCUUAACAAUGGGAGACCGAUUGCAUCUUCCAGCAGUUGCCAGAACCUUGCUCCCUGUGGCCCUCUGCAUUGUGACCCUUCUGCCCCUCAGCAUUCUGGGUAGGCCGGCAGAGGAAGAAAACACAGGUAGCUCCGCUCUGCUCCAGAGGGUGAAGAGAGGCUGGGUGUGGAACCAGUUCUUUGUCCUGGAGGAGUACACCGGACUGGAACCGCUUUAUAUUGGAAAGCUCCACUCAGAUAUGGAUAAAGGCGACGGCUCCAUUAAGUACAUCCUGACAGGCGACGGUGCAGGCACAACCUUCACCAUCGACGACAGCACGGGGGACAUCCACGCCAUCCAGAGGCUGGACCGGGAAGUGAGGGCCCAGUACCUCCUCCGCGCCCAGGCCCGGAACCGCCUGACGGACAGGCCUCUGGAGCCCGAGUCCCAGUUCAUCGUAAAGAUCCAGGACAUCAACGACAACGAGCCGAAGUUUCUGGAUGGGCCCUACCAGGCGUCUGUACCCGAGAUGUCCAACAUAGGAACAUCUGUGAUCCAGCUGACCGCCACAGACGCCGACGACCCCACGUAUGGCAACAGCGCCCGUGUGGUCUACAGCAUCGUGGAGGGCCAGCCUUACUUCUCCGUGGACGCCAAGACUGGUGUUGUCCGUGUGUCCCUAGCAGACAUGGACAGGGAGACAAGAGAAAACUACACUGUGGUCAUCCAGGCCAAAGACAUGGGUGGUCAGCUGGGGGGGCUUGCCGGUACCACCACUAUCAACAUCACGCUCAGCGACAUCAAUGACAACCCGCCAAUGUUUGACCAGAGGCUGUAUCAGAUGAGCGUCCCAGAGUCGGCUCCUGUGGGUUCAGCGGUGGGUCGUAUCUGGGCAAAGGACAGGGACAUCGGGGUCAAUGCUGAGAUGAAGUACAGCAUCAUCGAUGGAGACGGAAGGGACACCUUUGACAUCAGCACUGACCCCACCAACCUGUUUGGCAUCAUCACAGUGAAAAGGCCACUGAAUUUUGAGGGCAAACCCAGUUAUACUCUGAAAGUGGAGGGCGCCAACACCCACCUGGACCCUGCCCUCCGCCACCGCGGGCCCUUCAAGGACGUCACCAUCGUGCACGUGAGCGUGGAGGACGUGGACGAGCCCCCGUUGUUUGACUCGCCAGCGUACUACAUCGAGCUGUCGGAGGAUGCUGAGAUCGGGACGGUGGUGAAGACGGUGUCAGCGAGGGACCCUGAUGCUGCCAACAACACUGUGAGGUAUUCCAUCGAGAGGUCCAGCGACCCCGAGAAGUUCUUCUACGUCGAGAUCACUUCAGGGUCGCUCAUGACUGUGCGUUCGCUGGACCGAGAGGAGAUCGGCUGGCACAACAUCACGGUCCUCGCCAUGGAGAUGAAUAACCCCACGAAGAUCUCCAGUGUGUCGGUGGCUGUGAGGGUCCUCGACGUGAACGAUAACCCUCCCUCGCUCACGCACUACUUGGAGGCUUAUGUGUGUGAAAACGCCAAAGCAGGACAGCUGAUCCAGACGGUGACGGCGGUGGAUCCAGAUGAGCCGCUGGGUGGACAACGCUUCUACUACAGUUUGGCUCCAGAGGCCGCCAACAACCCCAACUUCACCCUCAGAGACAACCAAGACAACACAGCGUGGAUCCUGACGCGGCGAGGAGGCUGGUCGCAGCAGGAUCAGACCGUCUUCUACUUGCCCAUCUACAUCUCUGACGGCGAGCAUCCGGUCCAGACCAGCACCAGCACGCUGACCAUCCGCGUGUGCAGCUGCGACCAGGAGGGCAACGUCAUGUCGUGCAACGCCGAGGCUUACAGCCUACCCGCGAGCCUCAGCAGAGGAGCUCUCAUCGCCAUCCUGGCCUGCAUCUUUGUCCUGCUGGUGAUGAUUCUGCUCAUGCUCUCACUGCGCACCCAUCGUAAGAAGCCCUACCUGUGCGACGAGGAGGAGAACGUCCACGAGAACAUUGUGCGCUACGACGAUGAAGGCGGCGGCGAGGAGGACACUGAGGCCUUCGACAUCGGCGCCAUGUGGAAUCCGCGUGAGGCGCACCACCACCUGGGCAAGAUGAGACAGGACAUGCUGCCGGAGAUCGAGAGCCUGUCACGUUACGUCCCUCAGGCGUGCGUCAUGGGCGGCCACGGGGACAGUAAUGUUCACGGAUAUGUGCUGGCGAAGCUCCUGGAUGCCGACAUGGACGCGUGCGCCCCGCCUUACGACUCCCUGCAGACCUACGCCUAUGAGGGCGAAGGUUCGGUCGCUGAGUCGCUCAGCUCGCUCCAGUCUGGGACGUCCAACACGGACCACGAGUACGACUAUCUCAACGACUGGGGGCCUCGCUUUAAAAAACUGGCCGAGAUGUACGGCGUGCUGGAGACAAACACUCCUCCAUUGUGGUAGAACACCAAAACCUUUGCCUUUUCAAUCUGAGAAAAAAAUCCUCCAACUAAAAGAGAGACAGAAACAACGUGCCACAAACAUGUGAACAAUAACGCCAGGUGCUCUCUUGUCCACGUCCAUGACUGUUACUGUAGCACUUGAAUUCCUGCCGAAGCCUCGAUUCUCCACAGCCUUGAAGGCCUGAGAUGCCAGCAGCAGCAGCGGCAGCAGCAGCGGCAGCAGCAGCGGCAGCAGCAGCGGCAGCAGCGGCAGCGGCAGCAGCAGUGUGAGCUGGUUUGAAAUCUCCCCAGAUACUGAGGCUGGAUUGGUAGUCUUGUGAGAGCCGCAAAGGAAUAGCUUCAAAGCACAUGUUAACUCGCCUGCCUGACCCAGCCACAGGCAGAGCCCCUUCGGUUCAAAGUGUUGAACGAUUUGUGCCAGAGAUGAAAACAAGAGAGACCUUACUCUCAGUAAACUUGUGCUUUUUGUACGACCUGAGCCACGACACUGAGGGGGAAUGAAACAGAGAAGUUGCUGCGAUCGGAGAUGUGCUCUGUUUUUUGUUCCAUCUGUGGCAGGUCUUAAUUUAUGUGCUGUAUUUAUAUUUUAACUUAUUUGGGUACUUCAAAGCAACACUGUACUUAAACUGCCGCUAUGUGAAUACGUCUUUAAAAGAUCACACGUGUGUGUUCUGUAACAUACAUGAUGUAAGAGCUCUUGUGUUCAGUCUGUGUGAUGAUGAGUUUUUCAAACGUCUCUGAAUGUCACACGACAUGCACAGGAGACGCUGUAAUCCCAUGUGGGUUUUCCAGGUUGAUAUGUUAAUCUGAUUAUUGUUUUUAAGCUAUUUGUAUUGUAUUGUAUUUUUCCCUCAAACAUAAAGCAGUUAUACAUUCGCGAGGAUGUGAGGGAAGCCAUGUUUGGAACCGGAUGUAUCCCAGCAGCCGGUUAAAUGUCACUCAAGAUGUGAACGUUCUUGCACAUCAUCCCCGAAUCUGGACGAGCACAUGACCAUGACCCCGUGGCAACGAGGCUCGAUCUGUCCUGUUAGAGACACCGUGUUGCUUUUCUGCCACCACACAAACGUGGCUUAAUCCUCAAAUCCUGUGGACGUCAGAGACAUUUAUAAUCUGCAUUUAAGUGCCAAAUGUACAAAAGGACAAAAAAAAGAAAAUCACAAACACCAAAAGAUAAAAAAAAAAGGAUUUUACAAAGUGGGAAGUGAAGGUCCAUUUUGAUCAUUUGAUUGGCUGAAGUUUACUUGAAAUCUCUGUGGUCAGUCAUGCUGCAGUACGUGGUAUGUGAAUGUAGAUACUUUUUUGUAUUCUUGGUAAUAAAAAGGAA